UAUUGACUAACCAACAUGUCUUCCUUCGCUUUUUUGGUGCUCUGCAUCCAGGCUUGCCUGAUCCAGUACAAUUGCGCCAAUCCCAUUGCCUCAAUCAAGCCUUGUGGUCCAGCUGCACCAAAAAUUCCUUCAUUACUUCCUGCUGUCAUCCUAAGCGAUAACAGAUUUGAAGCAUACGAGGGCUAUGGUGCCGGUAACGUCGUAGUGUCCGGUGACGUCGGCAUCAAAGGAACAACUAGACUCACUGGAACUGUUCCAGUCCUGGGUUUGGUUAAAUUCAAUGGGAAAGUUUAUGCUUAUGGUAAAGCCACUACUAGUGGCAAAUGUGGGUGUGGAUGCGCUUAAAUUGUUAAUUUUCACGCUUUUUUAACCACCCUCUAUCGAAUUACAGAAAGACAAAUAACCUAAAAUGUUCAGCACUUUUUGAAAUAAAACCAAAGAUGUAUUUGAUAAGAAAAUUUAUAAUAAUAUUCUAAUCGAUCUUUUAAGCUACCAGCGAAUUUAACUUGAAAUACUUAUUUCGACUUCGCAUUUGAAUUAAUAUGAAAUACAUGGUGGUGCUUAAACUUGUCCGAAAUAUAUUCAACUUAAAUAAAUAGCGGACACUCUUCUAAUUUCCAAAGUAAAUUGCGUCAAGCAGUGGUCACUCUUUUUUAACCACCCCCUACCCAACUCGACUCAUCCGAAGAACACAGUCUUAUGUGAUUAUAUAGCGAAAAGAGAAUAAGUACGUUACGAAAAUAAUUUCGUUAUUCAAACGUGUGUUUUGAGAACGUGAUAUCUUAUUUCGUUUCGGAAAUAUAAAAUCGAACAACGGUCGAUCUAACAUCCGCAACGAAGUAGAACGAACGAAACGUACUCUGUCCUGAGGACAAGUAGUCUUGCACAUAGAUCUUUGUUCUACGGAAGAGUCGAACUGUACAAUGACAAACAACUGUUUGAAAUAAAACAAAAGAUUUUUCAAGAUUUUCC